CCACAACGCACCAUAAUUUCUAAAAAUGAAACAGCCAAUUAAAUUUAUGGACAAAAAAUGAGAUAAUAUAUAAUAUCAUACUCAAAUUAUUUCCGAACCAUAAGUCGUAUAUAAAUGAAUGAGAUGUCGAUCGAAAACUGUUAAACCAAGCUAUACAGUAAUGUUAAUUCAUAAAUGCACUCCCGUGACCAACCAAUACAUAUAACUAAUUCACAGACAGUAAGAGAAACAAUGUUGUGCAAUCUACCAUGUCGUAUUGUGCUCAUAGCGAUGAACACCGUCAGUAUGUUGGUGGGAUUAGUACUCCUUACAGUUGGAGCAUUAAUGGUUUGGGGUCAGAGCGUGAUCCAAUCUAUGCUGAAUAACUUUUUAACUGCACUGAUCAAUCAAUAUCUUAAAGGGACUGAUGCUUCUCAAAUCACUGAGUUAGUUACACGAAUACUAACAUCAACUUCACCAAUUGGAUUGGCACUCUUCAUAUUAGGUGCUGUUAUCACAGGUGUUUCAGUAUUUGGCUAUUGUGGGGCUUGUUGCAAUAUGAAGAUACUGCUCUACAUUUAUGCACUUCUUGUUGGGAUUCUGGCUGGCGCUGUAAUGGUCACCUUCAGUGUGUACUUCGCUAGAAAAGAACAGCUCGGACAACAAGUGAUUGAACUGUUCAAACAGAGUGUCCAAAAUUACCAUUCAAUGCAAGCAAAUACAAUCGACAGCCUGGUAGUCGGUUUGAUCUCACCUCAGCUCAAGUGUUGUGGUGUAGAAAAUGGAGAAGAUUUUGUAAAUUCAAGCAAUUUCUGGAAAAAUGAUACUUAUGGUGGUCAAACGUAUAACAAUAUUCGAUACCCAGUACCAUGUUGUAAAAUGUCAGACAAGUAUGUGAUUAGUGAUUCUACAUGCCCGAACACAUUUACUGAAACAAACAGUAACUUCAAAGUUGGAUGUAAGGAACCCCUGGAAAAGCUAUUUCUACAAUAUAUGGAUUAUGUUGCCUAUGGAUUGGUUGGUGCAUUUGUGAUAUUGUUACUGGUCGUUGUGUUCGCUCUGAUGACUGUUUGUAUUGACUUUGUAUGAGAGAAAGGAAAGCAAGCCAACACAUAAAGUAGACGAUAUUCAGAGAAAACCAAUCAUAUACAUCCUCGUACCUUCCUCAACACACACACACAUAUAUAUAUAUAUAUAUAUAUAUAUAUAUAUAUAUAUAUAUAUAUAUAUAUAUAUAUAUGUUGACCUAAGCACUAUCCGUCUCAAUAUACACAUAUAUUUCCUGAUAGCGCUGAGAUAAAAAAUUAAACAAAAUUAAUCAAAUAUUUACUUGUAUGUACUCUUUUCGGAUUAAAUAGAAACUCAAAUGAAAAUGUUAUUCACCAGGUGAUGCAGUUUAAAGAUGUAAACAAAUAUUGUUUUAUGUUUUUUCUCAACUGUUGUUGCUAUUUUAUUUGUUUCUCUGAGAGUGGAGGCAGCGUGAAUUUCAAAAGUUCCCUGUGUCACUUUUCUGAUACUGAUAUUUCUGUAAUCCAAUUGAAGACGAUAGGAUAUCGUCCAAAUAGAUGUUGUCAUCACACCAAUGGUGUAUAAUUGUCAUUCCUUCUUAUUAGUGUGAUUAGUAUGAAGUUAUAGCGUUUUGCCUUUGUGUUCAUUGAUUCAUCGUGUGUGUGUGUGUGUGUGUGUGAGUUCUCUCUCGCCUCUUCCAUUUGAUUCUGUAAUUUCACAUCCAAUUUGGACAUGAAUUGAUUUGAUUUCUUCUGUUAUAUGUGUGUAUGUAAUAUUCAGUUUUGUUUUUUUAAUUGUUUAUUACUAUGUGUGUGAGUGUGUGUGUGUGUGUGUGUGAAACUUAUACAUUCAGGGAUUUGAAUACAAUUGAAUGUGAUAAUAUGUCAAUCACUAUCAGCUGUUCAAAAAUAUACUGGAUCAUGAAUAAAG